AUGAAGCUUCGCCUCCUCACAGCUUACGCACUGCUGCUGGCCAUCUGCCAAUGCUGGGCUGUCAGCUUUCCAGAAGAUGACGACCCUAUUAACGUGGUUGACUACCAUUAUUCCAAGCAAUAUCCAGUGUUUAGAGGACGCCCUUCAGGCAACGAAUCCCAACACAAGCUGGACUUUCAACUGAUGUUGAAAAUUCGAGACACACUUUAUAUAGCUGGCAGGGACCAAGUUUAUACGGUAAAUUUGAAUGACAUUCCAAAAGGGGAAGUUGUUCCAAGCAAGAAGUUAACAUGGCGGUCAAAGCAACAGGACCGAGAGAAUUGUGCUAUGAAAGGAAAACACAAAGAUGAAUGCCAUAAUUUUAUUAAAGUCUUCGUCCCCAGGAACGAUGAGAUGGUGUUUGUCUGUGGAACGAAUGCUUUUAAUCCUAUGUGCCGUUACUAUCGGCUGAAUACCUUGGAGUAUGAUGGUGAAGAAAUUAGUGGCUUGGCCAGGUGCCCAUUUGAUGCCAAGCAAACCAAUGUUGCCCUCUUUGCUGAUGGCAAACUCUAUUCUGCCACCGUGGCGGAUUUCUUGGCAAGCGACGCCGUUAUUUACCGGAGCAUGGGGGACGGUUCGGCCUUGCGAACAAUAAAAUAUGAUUCCAAGUGGAUAAAAGAGCCCCAUUUCCUUCAUGCCAUCGAGUACGGGAACUUUGUUUAUUUCUUCUUUCGAGAGAUUGCUGUGGAACAUAACAAUUUAGGCAAGGCUGUGUAUUCCCGUGUGGCUCGCAUCUGCAAAAAUGACAUGGGGGGCUCUCAGAGAGUGCUGGAAAAACACUGGACGUCGUUCCUCAAAGCACGUCUCAACUGCUCGGUGCCUGGGGAUUCAUUUUUCUACUUUGAUGUGCUUCAGUCUAUCACAGACAUCAUUGAAAUCAGUGGCGUCCCUACCGUGGUCGGUGUUUUCACCACACAGCUGAACAGCAUCCCUGGCUCAGCAGUUUGUGCUUUCAACAUGGAAGACAUUGAGAAAGUCUUCAAAGGGAGAUUUAAAGAGCAGAAAACCCCAGACUCUGUUUGGACAGCUGUACCCGAAGACAAAGUGCCAAGGCCAAGACCUGGUUGCUGUGCAAAGCAUGGCCCAGCAGAGGCUUACAAAACCUCCAUUGAUUUCCCAGAUGAAACGCUUUCUUUCAUCAAGUCCCAUCCUUUGAUGGAUUCCGCUGUUCCAUCUGUCAUUGAGGAGCCGUGGUUCACAAAGACACGAGUCAGGUAUCGGUUGACUGCAAUUGCCGUGGAUCGUUCAGCUGGCCCAUAUCAAAACUAUACAGUCAUUUUUGUGGGCUCUGAAGCCGGAAUGGUGCUGAAGAUCUUGGCGAAGACCAAAGCUUUUUCCCUGAAUGACAGUAUCUUACUGGAGGAGAUUGAUGCUUACAAUCAUGCAAAAUGUAAUGGGGAUGGUGAAGAAGACAAAAAAGUCAUCUCUCUGCAACUGGACAAAGAGCACCACGUGUUGUUCAUUGCGUUCUCCAGCUGCAUCAUUAGAAUUCCUCUCAGCCGUUGUGAGCGUCAUGGAUCAUGUAAAAAGACUUGCAUUGCUUCUCGGGACCCUUACUGUGGCUGGUUGGCCCACGGAUCCUGUGGGAGAGUGAGAGCAAGCAUGUUCCUUGGAGGGUAUGAGCAAGACGUGGAGUACGGCAACACUGCCCACCUGGGGGAUUGCCAUGAAAUUUUGCCUACUACAACUACACCAGAUUACAAAAUAUUUGGCGAUCCAACAUCUGACAUGGCGUUAUCCUCAGCUUCCAUUACCACAGUGGGAAGUAUCCCUGUUAUCUCGCCCAAAGUGAUUGGUUCCUGGAAACCUAAAGUGACUGGCUCUCGGGAAUUUGUAGCUCAAGAUGACCCAAACACUUCUGAUUACUCUGAACCUUUAUCAGGGGUUCCAAAGGGUGUGAGAUGGGAAGUCCAGUCGGGUGAUUCCAACCAAAUGGUGCACAUGAAUGUCCUGAUUACCUGUGUCUUUGCGGCUUUCCUUCUGGGAGCAUUUAUUGCCGGCGUGGCUGUUUACUGUUACCGAGACGUUUUUGUGAGAAAAUCCAGGAAGAUUCACAAAGAUGCUGAGUCAGCUCAGUCCUGCACGGAUUCCAGCGGGAGUUUUGCCAAACUGAAUGGCCUCUUUGACAGCCCUGUGAAGGAGUAUCAGCAGAACAUUGAUUCGCCCAAACUUUAUUCCAACUUGCUGACGAGUCGCAAAGAGCUGCCCCAGACGGCUGAUACAAAGUCCAUGUUGAUGGUGGACCACAGAGCCCAACCACCAGAACUCGCAGCUCUUCCAACCCCGGAAUCGACUCCUGUGCUUCAGCAGAAGACCUUACAAGGGAUGAAGAGCCAGAUGGAGAAGGCCCAGAACAACCUCAGCUCUUCAAGAAAAGAAGGUCCCUUGAAGAGUCCUCAGUUUUUCCCCUCCAGUCCUCCACCCCAUUCUCCUUUAAGUCACGGACACAUCCCCAGCGCCAUUGUCCUUCCCAAUGCCACCCACGAUUAUAACAUGUCCUUCUCCAAUUCUAACGCGCACAAAGCCGACAAAAAGAUGGCGAAUGUGGACCACCCGCUCACCAAGUCCUCAGGCAAAAGAGACCCUAGGCGGUCUGUGGAUUCCAGAAACACCUUGAAUGACUUCCUGAAACAUUUAAAUGAAACCCCCAGCAACUCCAAAGCCAUUAUGGCUGACCUUCAGGUGGCUCACCAGACUUUAAUGUUGGAUUCCAUGGGCAACGUGACAGAGGUCCCCCCCAAAGUCCCUAACCGGGAAGCAUCUUUGUACUCUCCUCCUUCCACCCUGCCACGAAAUAGCCCGACAAAACGGGUGGAUGUCCCCAAUGCACCUGGAGCACCAAUGACCUCUUUAGAAAGACAAAGGGGCUACCACAAGAAUUCUUCCCAGAGGCAUUCUAUAUCAGCUCUUCCUAAAAACUUAAACUCCCCGAACGGGAUGCUGUUGUCUAGGCAGCCUAGCGUUAACCGGGGAGGAUAUAUGACUCCGACUGGAGGCACAAAGAUGGACUACAUCCAAGGGACUCCGGUCAGCGUCCAUCUACAGCCUUCCUUGUCUAGGCAAAGCAGUUACACAAGCAACGGAACGCUUCCUCGGACAGGGAUAAAGAGGAUGCCCUCUCUUAAGCCAGAUGUGCCACCCAAACCUUCGUUUGCCCCACAGACGCCUUCAGUCAGACCACUGAACAAAUACAGUUACUAAAACUUGCCUAAUCAAUCCAUCCAGACCUUGGGGCGAUGGUGCAGGACAGAUGGAAAGACUCCGACUCGCUUGUCAUGGAGGGCAUGGGGGGAGGGAACCGAAUUUGGGGGCAAACAGGCUCUUU